CGAUGCGCUCCAGAGGAAAAGCCGCACGCAUCGCUGCAGCUCAGACGCGCAAGGAGCGAAACCUCUGUGUGUUUCUGCACCACCGCGAAGAAGAUUCACCGCUACACUCUUUGACCAUGGAUUACCGACCUGACACAGCGGAAACUCGUCUCAGAUAAGUAGGAAAUAACUCAACCUGUUUUUUUAGACGGAUUUCAGAUCGGCGUCUAAAGCGGCAAAAACAAAAGUACAGUUUAAAGAUCUGACACAGCCUAUUGACACUUUUCGGACAGUAUAUAUAUAUUCCGGAUAGUUGUUGACCAUUAAGAGGUGUCAAGUUUUAUCUCCAAGAUCAGUCUUUUUGAAUGCGUGUCGUGGAAGUAAACUCUGCAUUUUUCUUGGAUGAAAAAAGAGACACACGCUUUGGGAACUAAUCUGAAUGUAAAGCACUGGGAUGUAGUUUUGGCGGAGCAGAGGGGAGGUUUUGGACCUCGACAAUGAACUUCGUAAACCACCUCUGCUUACUUUCUGCGCUUUAAAGACACACCGAGCCAUGGGUUGAAAGCGACGAUGAUAGACUGCGGGGAUAUUCAUCGUGGGAGGGAGCAGAAUUUUCUGUGUUAUGUAAUGAUUGACGGUGCCUGAUAAUUAGCGGUAGAUCAUAACCAGCACCACCCCCCCAUUACCCCCUACCCCCUUCCCCCUCCUUCCCCUCUAUGUCCAGGAAGCUUAAAGGUUGGUUGAUGUAUCUGAGAUGUUUUGGAAUUAACUAAAAGCUGAUACCAGAGCUCUUCAAGCAGAUGAGCAGGAUAUGUUACAGGUCAAUUCCUCUCUCCAAUCUUUUUUUUUUUUUUUUUUUGCUCAGAGAGUCAUCAAGGCAAGUUAAAGUUAAUUACAGAUCCUUGAACAGAGUCAUUUAGAAGAUACUUACCUCUGUCACUCCCUCCCCCAUCCAAUCUCAGUUUGUUUUUUUGUUUUUUUAAAAAAGAUUUUGGUUAAUGAAUUCAAAUUCAUCAUGAUUCAUCAUCCAACUCUUGAACUCCUCCAUGCUGAUUUGGCAUGGUCUUACAAGAUGACGGUGACUUCAGGAAAUCAGACAAUCAACAGUGUCUUGAGCUUCUCUUUGAGCUUUCUACUCUCUUCUUGGCAUUGCAACGUCUUUAAUGGCUACUAAGAUGCUAUAAUGCUCAUGUCUGACCUCAGAUUUGGGGAUAUGUAGUCACCCUGAACUUCUCCACCUCUUAAAUCUCUGUGACUUCCUGUUUCUGAACAUCUGAAGCUCAUAGUUCAUCUUCACCAGAGCCUUUGUUGGUCCCUCCCUCCCCCCCACUCAUCAGGGCUGGUGGGGGGGGCGGAUCUCGACCCCACGGGGGGUCGAAACCGUGGUGGUGGCUGGUGGUGGUCAUACCCGUAGAGGCAGGGCUCCCACCAUGGAGACCAGCCCAGAGAGCCCCAACCGGGCAGUGGAGUACCUCCUGGAGCUCAACAACAUCAUCGAGAGCCAGGCCAAGCUCCUGGAGACCCAGCGCCGGCGCAUCGAAGAGCUGGAGGGCCAGCUGGACCGGGUCAGCCAGGAGAACCAGGACCUGAGGCAGGAGCGCAGCCCACGGACGCCUGGUUCGGAGACCCCGGAGCAGAACCACAACCACAGCCAGCCUCUGUCUCUCCCCAUCCAUCAUGGCAGUGGCGGUGGUGGCGGUGGUGGCGGUGGUGGCGGUGGUGGCGGUGGUGGCGGUGGUGGUGGUGGCGGCAGCAGCGGGAACGGUAGCACCACAACUGCUCAGGCGACUGCUGGAUCAACCACAACUCCAGGGCCCAGCAGGGAGAGGAGGACCCACACCAGGCUGACCAGAGGCCUCUCCUGCGGCUCCUCCACCACUGAACGAGACCAGCUUGAACGCACCGACAGCACAGACACCAACACCAGCUCCACCUUACGCAGAAAUGUGGAAGGGGAGUCCCAGUGUCCAGAGACGGGCACCCACAAAGACAACCCUUUCAGCCAGACACAUUACCUGCGCGGCUCAGAACGCUACAGUGACAGCAGCAGCAGCGCACCCUCUGGUAGCAGGGGCCCUUCAUGUGUGGCUGCCUCCAGCUCAGCCAGCUUGGCCUGGGCGCUACGAACACGCCACCAGCCUGCGAGUUUGGCCCUCCGCAAGCAAGAGGAAGAGGAGAACAAGAGGUGCAAGGCCCUUUCAGACAGCUACGAGCUCUCGACAGAUCUGCAGGAUAAGAAGGUGGAGAUGCUGGAGAGAAAGUACGGUGGCUCUUUUGUAAGUCGCAGAGCAGCGAGGACCAUUCAGACAGCUUUCAGACAGUAUCGCAUGAACAAGAACUUUGAGCGCCUCAGAAGCUCAGCGUCAGAGAGCCGCAUGACACGGCGCAUCAUCCUGUCCAACAUGAGACUGCAGUAUUCCUUUGAUGAGCGACAGCCUCAGCAGCAGGCCCAGACACAGACCAACUUCACCCACAGUGUGGCCAUAGGGCCUCCUCAUUCCCCCGACACAGACCGCCCAGGAGACUACACCCACUUAGAGGACUCCUUCUCCAAACAGGUCAAGUCCUUAGCGGACUCAAUAGAUGAUGCCCUUACCUGCCGCGCGGGUCGCGAUGACUCCCAGGAGGGCAGCAGGGAGGGUGGAGGGAUAAGUGAAGACUUUGGGGAGUGUGUGUGGAGCAGCAGCAGCAACCCAUCUUCCCAAAGAGGUUUGGGAGAAAGAGCCAGAGGAGCUGGAGGAGGACUCAGUAUGCACGGCGACAGUACGGCCACCUCGUACAGUGACGUCACCCUUUACAUGGAUGAUGGCAUGCCGUCCUCGCCCUUGUCCCUUGACCGAGCGCCCAGCAGCACGGAUACAGAGUACUGGGGCCCCGGUGGUGGCGUUGGAGGACGUGAGGACAGCAGGGACACCGAGGGAGGGGGUAGCAGUAACAGUCGGCGCAGCACCCCGUGCACCGAGUGCAGGGACUAUCGUCUGAGGGGCGCACAUCUGCCCCUUCUCACUAUUGAGCCGCCCAGUGACAGCUCAGUGGACAUGAGUGACCGUUCAGACCGGGGCUCUCUGAGCAGACAGCUGGUCUAUGAGCAGGAGCCCGGGGUAGGAGCUGGCUCCCCUCAGGGAACCCUAAAACAUUCCCCCAACACAGGCACCCGCCCGUCCUCCACAGCAGCUGCCCAGGGUCAGACUCGGGCCCCGGGCAGACCCAUACCAACACACAUCCCUCACCAGGUGGCAGCUCACCACCACCACCACCACCAUCCUAUCCACCACCAUCAGUACCCUGACACACCUUCAUCCUCCUCGUCCCCGCAGCAGCCCCCCACCACCCCGCUCUCCUCCUCCUCCUCCACAGCUCUACCCCCCGGAGGUCUGGAGCAGCCAUGCUGCUCCGAUGGAGACAAUGACUCACUCAACUCCACAACCAAUUCCAACGAGACAGUCAACUGCAGCUCGGGCUCCUCCUCUCAGGACAGCCUGCGGGAGCCUCUGCCUCCUCUGGGCAAGCAGACCUACCAGAGAGAGAGUCGCCAUAGCUGGGACUCUCCGCCCUUCAACAGUGAUGUGGUGCAGAGACGCCAGUACCGCAUAGGUCUCAACCUCUUCAACAAGAAGCCAGAGAAAGGAAUCCAGUACCUGAUUGAGAGAGGGUUUGUAUCUGACACUCCAGUCGGGAUUGCUCGCUUCAUUCUAGAGAGGAAGGGCCUCAGCAGGCAGAUGAUCGGAGAGUUCCUGGGAAACCGACAGAAACAAUUCAACAAAGAUGUUUUAGACUGUGUGGUGGAUGAGAUGGACUUCUCAGGUAUGGACCUGGAUGACGCUCUGAGGAAAUUCCAGGCUCAGAUUAAAGUCCAGGGAGAAGCCCAAAAAGUGGAGCGGCUCAUAGAGGCUUUCAGUCAGAGAUACUGUGUGUGUAAUCCAACCCUGGUUCGGCAGUUCCAGAACCCGGACACCAUCUUCAUCUUGGCCUUUGCCAUAAUCCUCCUGAACACAGACAUGUACAGUCCCAACGUCAAAGCCGAGAGGAAGAUGAAACUAGAGGAUUUCAUCAAGAAUUUGAGAGGCGUAGACAAUGGUCAGGAUAUACCCAGGGACCUGCUUGUUGGGAUCUACCAGCGGAUACAGAAAUGGGAGCUACGGACCAAUGAUGACCACGUAUCCCAAGUGCAGGCAGUGGAAAGAGUCAUUGUGGGCAAGAAGCCUGUGCUGUCCCUUCCCCAUCGUAGGCUGGUGUGUUGCUGCCAGCUCUAUGAGGUGCCUGACCCAAACAGACCUCAGAGGACAGGAGUACACCAACGAGAGGUCUUCCUCUUUAAUGACCUUCUGGUGGUGACCAAAAUCUUCCAGAAGAAGAAAACCUCAGUGACUUAUAGUUUCAGACAAUCUUUCCCUUUGGUUGAGAUGCAAGUGCACAUGUUCCAGAACUCAUACUACCCUCAUGGAGUCCGCCUGACCUCAGCAGUCCUGGGUGGGGAGAGGAAGGUUCUUAUCGUCUUUAUGGCACCCUCUCAGCAAGACCGCACCCGCUUUGUUAGUGACCUCAGGGAGAGUAUUGCUGAAGUGCAAGAGAUGGAGAAAUAUAGAGUUGAAUCGGAGCUGGAGAAACAGAAAGGCGUGAUGCGGCCAAGCUUGCUGACUGGAGGUGUGGUUGGAGGAGGCGUAGGUGUGAAGAGCGAUGUUGUGAAUGGCACCAUGGGAAGGACCAGUUUUGAUGACAACUGCUCGGUGGGUGAGGGUCUGAAACGCACAGCGCUCAGCUCAUCUCUCAGGGACCUAUCAGAGACAGGGAAACGUGGUCGCAGGAACAGUGUUGGUUCUCUGGACAGUACCAUGGAAGGCUCCAUCAUUAGCAGCCCACAGCCUCACCAGCGCUAUCCAGUGCCAGGUGUGGUUCCUGGCUGCUACGGAACAGAAGACUUCCGGCCUCACCGCCCCAUCCUGAGCCCCGGAACGGGGGUGGGGGGUGGGCCGGGGCAGCAACAUACCACUGCUGGGACAGGAGUUGGGGGAGUCUCCAGCAGUGUAGAGAGAGCAGGAGCGGGGAGCGGCCCUGGGGGGAGCAGCAACAACAACAGUGGCUCCUUCCUGGGCUCCCUAUUCGGCAGCAAACGCGCCAAACCACCAGGGCCCCUUAUUCCACCGGGGCCACCCUACCCCGCACCUGUACCCCCACUGACUACGGGAGGGCCCCCUCCUCACUCCCCUUCAUCUCUGUGCCAGUUGGAGGGGGGGCCUUCCAAAAUCCAGGCGCUGCACGCACAGUACUGUCACGCGGCCACCGUGCAGCCCCCACCACCUUACUACCAUCACCAUCGCUACCACAUCCAAACUGUCCCUCCUCCUUUGCAAGGUGUGCCCCCUCAUACUAUACAGAGAGGCCCACUACCCUGUCGUCCUGUGCUUGGCCCACCGCACGCCCAGCACCCACAGCUGGCCCAUCUCUCCCAGCUCUCCCAGCAUGGGCUUCCGGGUCGCUACGCCAACAUGGUGGUGGGAUGUCCCCCCCCCCUUUCUCCUCUCUCCCAACAUUCCCAGAACCCACAGUUCGCCCUCUACCACGUGCAGCCCACACACUCUGUCAGAGGGGGCGGCGGCCCUGGUACCAAACCUCCACUAACCUUGUCACACUCCCACCCGCACCCCCACGCACACUCCCAAACCCACCCCGGACACGUGCACACACCACACCCAGCCAGCCACUCUACCCACCAAACACACUUCAUAUUCGGCACUCUGCCCCACAACCUACCAUCCGCCUCCGUCAAUGCGCAUCACGCAGCCUCCGCCGGCCCGUAUCUGCCCCAGUACCCUCCUCUUUCUUCUAUCCCCCCUCCCCCACCACACUCCCCUUUACCCCCCCCUUCGUCCCCCCUUACCCCUCUUACACCUCUCUCCCCUCACCCCCCCCAGCACCCCGGGCAGCCUCAGCAGGGGCCACAGGUGACGGGGGCUGGAGCGACAGGUACAGGGGGCAGCUCCAAAUCCAAGCCUAUCAACCGGAUAAGUACCGUGGUGUGAGCAGGAUGUGGGGCCCCCGGGGUCAGAGGUCAGAUGAUAGAGUCGGGGAGGUGGGCAGAGCUAGGGCUAGAACCAAGUCUGCCAGGACAGAAAGUAACAGCAGCAGCGCUAGUGACAAGAGGAAACGCAGUUUGCUUCGUCUCUGUUACUUUCACCUCCGUUUCCCACAUAUGUAGGUGGAGAUAAAAAGCACAGCUAUAGCUAAACAGUAUGUGCACACAUCCUUGAAACCUGCAAACAGAGAAACACACACAUGCACAGGAACAAACAGCCCUCACAUGUCCACACACAAUGUCAAAAAAGUCUAUAGCCAUAUAAUCUAAGAUGAAGCUACAUCUAUAUCUUGGUAUUUUUGCCUCAGUUUUAAUUGUCUGAAGUCUAGUUGAGUCUGUACAAGACCAUUUACAUGUAUAGUACCAAGAUGUGAUAAUGUGACACUGGAAAACAUGGAGACACCAUAUAAAAACAGCUGCUUACAUGGGGAUGUAAAUAAAGACUCAACCACCAAAUGCAUUCCAGCGGAGUUUGGCAUUAAAAACAGCAGAGAGUUGCAAAAAAAAAUGUCCCUUGACCUUGCAAUAAUUUACUUGGCUUCAUGAUGUCUCCGUCCACUCUUGCGGGUUCCGCUUUGCUGACAGGCAUCUUUUUUUCUAAAGAAGAAGACCUCAGAUAUGUUGCUUUGUCUUAAACUUUAAAACCAGUGCACGGUUUCCUGACAGUCUUUUGCUUAAUGGUCUUUUACAUGUCAACAGGAGCCACCUGGCUUUGUAAUGCAUUCCUUGUGGGGUAUGGGAAUUAAUGAUACAAUCAAUAAUAUAUUUUGAAUGUUUCUGAAGCUUCUUGCUGUUUUAUUGAUAUUAUAAUAUACCUGCUAUGAGUAUGAUGAAUAUUGUCCAAUAAUUGUUUUGAUCAGUGAUUAAUUAUAUCAGCAGAUGUUUGUACAUGGUUAUAGAGAGUAUAUGCACAUAUAAAUUCCCUCUGUUUGCCAUAAUGACUAAAGGGUGUUCUGAUAUGUGAAGUGUGAUUUAUUUCCAUAGUACCAUGGUUUCCAUUGAGUUCAUCUUUUUUAAUAAUUAGUGUUAUUGAUUGUUGAAAAUAAUGAAUGAGGUUUAGUUUUGUUCAAAUUCAUUUGAACACUGACAAUAUUCCUCCUUUUCUGUUUUGUUUGAUGCAAACAAACAGGGGCACAAUUUCUCAAAUGGGGUGGUUAACAAAACUUGAACUUACAGAAUGGAUCUGAGCUAAUGAUUGAUUUUUGAUGUAUUUUUUUAAUGAGGAGGCUCCCAGUAAAGAAAAAAAAAAAACAUGGCUGGUGUAAAAAGACCUGGAUUUUAGAAGAUGUCAUUCCCUCGUGUUUAUACAGGUCACCUAUGCUCAUUUCCUCGCAGUCAUCAGAUUUAGUCAUUUUAUGUUUUUCUAUGUUUUGAAGAAGCACGCUUUUACAUGAGGUUUUGUGGUUUUGCACACGUGAUGUCUUAAGUCAGAAAUGGCCUUCUUCUAAUCCUCCCUUUCCUCCCACUUUUAGAAAUUGCUUAUUAUAUUUUCUGAUGCCUUGGCAUCCAGCUGAGGGCUCCUUGUUUAAAAAAUAUAACAAGAGUCAAGAAUGUAACAUAGCCUACAGGUACAUACUGUAUUUCCCUUUCUUUUUCUUUUUUUUUUCUGUGGGCCUUGUGUAAGUGUUAUUUCUUUUGCUACUGCAAUUUUUGAAGUUGAAAUGAAGCACUGAUGUGGUUUACCUCCAGUGCCAUUGAUUACCAGGGGAAAACUUCAUAGAUUCGGAUUCAGGAAAGGAUGAAUCGCUGAGGACAAAGUAAAGAAAUCUAUGGAACAAGCUACUGAAAGAGAUGAAGAAAUUCAAGAAGAUCUGAAUCCUCAAGAAUAAGGAUUUUCCAGAGAUUUGGAGAGAGUUGUGAAUGUCAAAUGAAGAUUUUAUAAGUAUAUGUUGGCUAGCCUUUUCUUUUUAUGUUGUCCAUUUUGACUCUUCUUGCAUGAAUAUAUCUGCACUUAUUGAAUAGAUUGUACUGUAUAAACCUGAAUGUACAUAUUAUACUAUACAUAGGCUUCUUAUCAUUACUAUGGGAUGAACUACUCCCAGUCUGUAUUCAGGUGCGUGCAUGUGAGUGCCACUAAGUAUGUACAUAUAAAAGAGGGACCGGGAUAGAUGUUGGCUAAAACAAAAAAUGUACUUCUUUUUCUUUUCUUAUUAUUUCAGACUGAAGGUGAGAGAAUGAGUUACUAUAAUAUAAAUUAUUAAAGCUUAAAAAAGUUUAUAUGUCAGUGCACUUAUUGAUAUUAUUUUAAACAAAUGAUUUCAAUUUUUUCUUUGUGUAUGUAUUAUGUGUACUGAAAGAAUAGAGAAUUGAGAUGUGAAUAUUUAUUGCUUCUGAUAAAUUAAAGUGUCCUUGCAGUGAA